AAAUGAGAAAACCCAAAAGAAAAAAGAAAAAAGAAAACUUAGAUUAGCAUUUUAGAGGCGAAUAGGGAAGUGCAGGGACUCAUUACCGUCCGCCAUGGCUGCUCGUAAGAGAGCUUCUGCAAACCCAUCAGUAAAAGAACCUUCUCCCAACGAAAUUGAAAAAACCCACCAUAGCAAAUCCGCAAUAACGGAUGAUCCGCCCAUUGCGCCACCCAAAUCAGGUUUUGUCUUCAAGCUCAUUCUCUUUUUCUCUGUCCCAUACCUGUACCUCAUCUUCUACUACUACAAGAUCGAUUUAGAGCUCAGAAGAUCAAUCAUCAUCAAUGCCGGACUCAGUCUCGCUGGGUUCUUUGUCACUCUGCGAAUGAUACCCGUUGCCUCCAGAUACGUUAUUAGACGUAAUUUAUUUGGCUAUGAUAUCAACAAGCGGGGUACUCCUCAAGGCGCUGUCAAAGUACCUGAGUCGCUUGGAAUUGUUGUGGGGAUUUCCUUCUUGGUCUUGGCAAUUGUGUUUCAGUAUUUUAACUUCACAUCAGACUCAAAUUGGCUUGUUGAGUACAAUGCAGCCUUGGCAUCUAUUUGCUUCAUGACUUUGCUUGGAUUUGUAGAUGAUGUUCUCGAUGUGCCCUGGAGAGUGAAACUGCUACUGCCAUCGUUUGCUGCUCUUCCUUUGUUGAUGGCUUAUGCUGGACACACUACUAUUAUAAUCCCGAAGCCUUUGAUUCCAUACCUUGGAAUGGAUGUUUUAGAUCUUGGAUGGAUAUAUAAGCUUUAUAUGGGACUAUUGGCAGUAUUCUGUACAAACUCCAUUAACAUCCAUGCUGGUUUAAACGGUUUAGAAGUUGGGCAAACAGUUGUCAUUGCAUUUGCGAUCUUGGUUCACAAUGUCAUGCAAAUUGGAGCAUCGACAGAUCCCGAGUACAAGCAGGCCCAUGCAUUUUCUAUUUAUCUCGUUCAACCCCUAUUAGCCACAUCCUUAGGCUUGCUCGCUUACAAUUGGUACCCUUCAUCCGUCUUUGUUGGAGAUACCUAUACAUACUUUGCGGGGAUGACUAUGGCUGUGGUUGGGAUUUUAGGUCAUUUUAGUGAAACUCUUCUGAUCUUUUUUUUCCCUCAAGUUCUGAACUUCCUUCUGUCACUCCCCCAGUUAUUUGGAUUUGUUGCAUGUCCACGUCAUCGGCUGCCUAGAUUUGAUCCUCAGACUGGACUACUGACUGGAACAAACGAUGGAACACUUGUGAACUUUUUCUUGCGAAUAUUCGGUAGAAAAACAGAGAAAUCACUUUGCACCUAUCUUCUUGUUUUCCAGGGCGUUUUCUGCUGCUUUUGUUUCUUGCUGAGGUAUUUGCUUGCUGGAUGGUAUAAAUGAUGCAACAACACAAUCUUUCAUGUUUGAAGCUUUUCAGAAUCACGCUGUCAUUUUUCUUGUUGUAAUACUUUAUACAACGUUCUAUCGAAAACGUAGUUGCGGGCAGAGUUUCGACGAUUUUUCGAGAAGUUUGAAAUGUAUUCCGGAAAAGCAUUUCCCCUCGUAGAAAACUAGAAAAUGAGAUGCUGUUCUAGAAUGUCUCUUGACUAAGAUAUUGUAUUAUGACAUGAGAGAAGGAAAAGAAUAUUAUUUGGAAGCUUAGAAAGUUGGAAUUUUAUUUAUACUUGACUGUGUUUCAAAUCAAA